AUGGCUUUCCUUCAACCUCCUUUUAAGGAAAGACAGAAGGCACUGGCGUCUACAGGAGGCCGAAGCGUCCAAGCCGCCUGUGACUGGCUCUUUUCCCACGUAUGCGACCCUUUUCUUGACGACCCCCUGCCUCGGGAGUAUGUCCUCUACCUACGUCCCACCGGUCCCUUAGCCCAGAAGCUCUCCGAUUUCUGGCAGCAGUCAAAGCAGCUGUGCGGGAAGAACAAGGCCCACAAUAUCUUUCCCCACAUCACGCUCUGCCAGUUCUUUAUGUGUGAAGACAGCAAGGUCGAGGCGCUCUGUGAAGCUCUGCAAGUCACAGUGACCCGAUGGCGGUGCAAGUUUCCCAGCCCUUUGCCCCUGGAACUCUACACCUCUUCAAACUUCAUUGGGCUUUUUGUCAAGGAGGAGAGUGCAGAAAUCCUCAAGAAGUUUGCAGCUGAUUUUGCUGCAGAAGCCGCCUCGAAAGCUGAAGUACAUGUGGAACCUCAUAAGAAGCAGCUUCAUGUGACGCUGGCCUACCACUUCCAACCGAGCCACUUGCCCACGCUUGAGAAGCUAGCUCAGAGCAUAGACAUGAAGCUGGGUUGUGACUGGGUAGCUACCAUAUUCUCCCGCGAUAUUAGAUUCGCAAACCAUGAGACUCUGCAGGUGAUCUACCCAUACACCCCGCAGAAUGAUGAUGAGCUGGAACUUGUUCCAGGGGAUUUUAUUUUCAUGUCUCCCGUGGAGCAAAUCACAACCAGCGAAGGCUGGAUUUACGGUACUUCCCUCACCACGGGCUGCUCCGGAUUGCUGCCGGAGAACUACAUCACCAAAGCGGAUGAGUGUGGCACAUGGGUGUUCCACGGGUCAUAUUCCAUUCUGAAUCCCAGUUCUUCUUCAUCUCUUCUGAUGUUCAAUGAUGGUGUGAUGGACCGGAGGCUACAAGAAGACCAGGGACCGGGCGAGUCUGGGCCGCUCACCAUCUUCUGUCAGAGUAUGCAGCCUUUAAGGAUCACCAGCCAGCCGGGGCCGCAGAAAAGAUGCCUUUUCGUCUGCCGCCACGGAGAAAGGAUGGAUGUUGUCUUUGGAAAAUACUGGCUCUCGCAAUGUUUUGAUGCCAAAGGAAGGUACAUGCGCACAAACCUAAACAUGCCUCACAGCCUACCUCAACGAAGUGGCGGAUUCAGGGAUUAUGAAAAGGACGCCCCCAUCACUGUGUUUGGCUGCACGCAAGCAAGGCUUGUUGGUGAGGCUCUUCUCGAAAGCAACACUGUCAUCCACCACAUUUACUGUUCCCCCUCCCUGCGCUGCGUACAGACUGCACACUAUAUUUUGAAAGGGUUGCAACAGGAGAAUAACCUGAAGAUUCGCGUUGAGCCCGGCUUAUUUGAAUGGACAAAAUGGGUCUCUGGGAACUCUCUACCUGCCUGGAUACCUCCCAUGGAUUUAGCUGCAGCCAGUUUAAGUGUUGAUACAACAUAUAGACCUCAUAUACCAGCGAGCAAGUUAGCGGUUUCAGAAUCUUAUGAUACGUAUAUCAGCAGAAGCUAUCAAGUAACGAAAGACAUAUUGAGUCAAUGUAAAGCCAAAGGGAAUAACAUUUUGAUAGUGGCCCACGCUUCCUCCCUGGAGGCCUGCACCUGCCAGCUUCAAGGACUCUCCCCACAGAAUUCCAAGGACUUUGUACAGAUGGUCAGAAAGAUUCCAUACCUGGGGUUUUGUUGCUGUGAAGAACUCGGAGACACCGGCUUGUGGCAGCUCACCGACCCCCCGAUCCUUCCUCUCACUCACGGACCAACCGGGGGCUUUAACUGGAGAGAAACCUUGCUCCAAGAAUAAGCCAAAAGGACAGGAAGUACAACUGAAGAGAGAGAGACUUUCCUUAGACUGGUGACCGUCUUGCACAUGGGAAAUUUUUAACUAUUACUGACAGAGGAGAAAAUUAUCCAUAAUCCUUUAAAUGGAUUUCAAACUCUAGCAUAUCUUCUAUUGAGGAAUGUUUGUGUGUCUAGGAAAAAAAAAUAGGUCUAUACAGGCAUACGCUUGGGUUGUGGAAAAAUGUAUGUGUACUUCAACACACCCACACCCACACACACUUUCUCUUUCACUUGCUCUCUCUUCAGGCAUCUCUCCGGCAAAAGUGUCUUUGUGAUGUUAGCUACUGAGCUUUAAUAUAUAUAUUUUUUAAAAAGUUUGAGUCAAGCUCCAGGAAGGAGAACCAGUUUUCACUGCCUUCUGUAUAAUGUUCGUGACCAGUAAGGUCGUGCUCCAGAUUGUUGUGUUUUGCUGUUCGGUAAUUGUUUUAUUUUAUUUUUAUUUUAAGAAUUGAAUUUUUUUUUGUUCUGAGUCAUUUCAGGUAGAGCACGCUCCCAACCACAUAUAACUAAAUUAUUAUACUUGUAUAGGAUCUCUUUCCCUUCACCUUCACUCCAAAAAUAAUAGUAGUAAGUAGAAAAAACUAGAAAUACAUUCCUAAUCCAAAUUACUAUGGAAUCAUACACCUAAUUUACUUGCACUGUUAGACCAUUAGAAAUAUGAAAAAUACUUUUGAAAAGGGGGCCUUGUUGGGAACCAAAAUUUUAAUAGGAAGGAUUAAGCUUGUUUUGAUUUCUCAGCAUUUGGUAGCUCUCAGCAAUGUUGUUUCCCUGGGAAAACAUUAUAUUUCAAGGAAACAGGAAUGUUCUGUCUGUAGAGAAGGCAUUUUUUGAUAACAUCAACAACGGAUGAAUUUGUGUCCUCUCGGUUUCAAGAUGGCAGUAUCCCCCCCCCCAAAAUAGUCACAGAAAUUGAAAGCAGGAGCUUUUUAAACAGUCCAAAAUGUUGACCAGUAUUAGCUGAAACAAGAGUCUACGAAGACUUUUGUGUUGUCUCCUAAUGCUCCUCAUUGGUUUUGUUGUGGUAAAACGUAACACAGAGGCCUCCCAGAAGAACACGGUUACCAGGUCACUGUUGUGUUGGACAACAUUUAUCUGAACUGGACUCAGAAGGAUUCAGAACUGGAGAAAAUUACUUUUUCAAAAAGCAACUAUAAAUCUUGGCCGUAAUUCUGAGGGAUUCUGGAAAUGAUAUCGUCCAAAAAUCGAGAAACAGGGAGCUGUGGGGUGUAUGUAGUCACGUCUGACAUCGGCAUCCCGUGUUCAUUCAACAUUUUCUGUGGCUUUAGUGCCAUCACUAUGAUAUCUGCCCUCUUCAACCACUGUGCUGCUCCCGGACCAUUAUAAUUUCUCACAACGCCCAGAUGCAAUGUGGUUCUAGGAAGUUCUGAGGACUUUAAAUGAUGCCCACCUCGUCUCCCUCUCAGGGGUCACCAUGCCGUGACUGGAACAGUACUUCUAGUGUCUGGUGUCCAAAGUAAGCAACUGGAGGGGCAGUUAAACAGAAGGGUUCCUUCAUAUCACCUCCAGUUGAGGGCCUCCUCAAAUACAGAGCUGGCCGGACCACCCAUAUUGCCACACCCUGUCGUGUGGUGGAAUCACUAAGUGAUGCUUGAGGAGUAAUCAAAAUAUUGUAGGAUCUAGGAAUCGUAUUACAUAGGAGUGCUCUUUACGCAGUUGGAAAACAUUUCUCUCUCUUUUUUAAAAAAACUACAAUUCCCAGAAUAGUCCUGCUGGCUGUGGAAUCUUGGGAGUUGUAGUUCAGGCCAGAAAGCACACAUCUCUUGUGUUUACACACUUUUAACUUGUCAUAAUUUAUCCCAGAUGAUGUAAAGGGAGUUCGGAAUAUGCAGAAAUGACACAGAACUGUUUAGAAAAUGCCAGUGUGGUUCCCCCCCUCCCAUUUCUCUCUUUUUGUGCCAUUGAUACAAGCAACUUUGUAAACUAAGUCCUUCUAGGCUUGUGUUUAUCCUGAAUGGAGGAAAGUUAUCCUAAGAUGUGUUGACCAAAGUAUUUGCUUGAGAAUAUUGGUAGCCAAACUUUUGUUAAUUUAGAUGAAUUUAGGACUUAGCCUUUAUCUUGGACCACCCCAGAGAUCAUAUAGUUUAGAUCUUCAUUUUUGGGUGCAAGGUGAGUGUUUUUUCAUUCCCCACCCCCCAUGUUUGGAUUGCAACCUUCUUAAGAUACUUCAGCACAUCAUGAAUAAGCCAUGAUAAGCCAAGAUGGGUCUUUCCAGAUGUUUCAUACCACAUAAGUUCAUGAAGAUGAAGGCUGGGUGAAAACCAGGCCCACCAGUGAUUUUUCUGUUCAAAACUCAUCUUGGACCUCAUUUACAAGCAUAACAGAUAAGAAUCUUGGUUCCUUAGACCAACAGAUUAUAUUUCUUAAUGACUGAAAAUAUGUACUCUUAAUUCCAUUGAAAUAAAGGUUAGCCCUGUGGUCCAAACAAAAUAAAAUACAAAUGCAAAAAUAGGUGAUCGCUUU